AUGGACCAAAACCAGGCUACUACAGCCCCCACCGCGCGGCUACGCCCCUGGAGUCCACCACCAACGCAGCCCACGACCUGGACACUCGGCGAACUAGACAAGACGCCGAAAGCAUUGCUCACGUUUCCCCUUGUCGUCGUAAGGACUGAUCUCCUUCUCCAUAUCUAUUUCUUCAACAAGUUCCGCUCUCUAACGACCUUCUCUUCCCUUCCCCAGGACGUCCCGACCACACUCGCGACCACCACCCAACUCGACAAUAUCCGGGACGUUGACGAAAUGCUCGCGUGGUACCACGAGUACCUGAGGCACCUCGACGAGGAGAGGGGUCAGAUCAAUGUUGAUUGCUGCGUCGACUGUGGUGUCAAGUAUUUGAUGCAGCGGUUCCACGAGUUUGGAGAGCUCAAGAGAAUUGCGGAUGGGGCACAAGAGUCUGAAACAUGUGAGUGCGGUUGUGAAGAGAGGAGACUGACUGUUGGUUGA